AGAAAUUGUGGCUAGAAUUAGAAUUGCUCUGUUUUGCUUUUCCGCUCUUCAAGUCCGCGUUGCUGGCAUUGCUAUUGGGGCGACAUUUUACUUCUCUCACAAGUUUAUUCAACAUUUCAUUCACACCACAAUGUCUGGUGUAGAGAACCAGGUCGCUGUUCAUGAUGUUGUCUCUCCAGAGGAUGGUGUUAUUGACAACUUAUCUAACGCUAUGGCCAAAGUUUCUCUCCGACCAGACAAUUCAUCUUCUCAAUCACCAGAAUCCGUUACUGACGGUCUUAAUAAAGACAAAAAUGAUAUCCAUGGUCGACCCUUUGUUAUGUAUUCCCGACUUCAUCUACUGCUCCUUCAUAAAUCUCCCUUGGUCUGUACUCCGACUGGCAUGCCGGCUUUGAAGGAUUGGUUUGGAACCGAAAGCGACCAAGGCAAUCUUAAAAAGGACUCAGAAGCACUUCCUCAGCCCAAUGCUCGUGACCGACGCUUUCGUAGAGAUGCAGAGGACGGGGAAGGCGCCGCCCGGCCUUCCUUUCGUGGGGCUGCCAUCACGCAGCCCUCGCAAAUGGGCAACUUCAAGCACCAGUCCAUUCGUGCAACUGACCGAGACAGAGACAGAGAAACGGACAGAGAACAAGAACGUGAUUCCCGGGUUAAAGAUGGCCAAGAAAGACUACGGAAUUUGUCGGACAAGUAUGACCGUGACCGUCGUGCUCUUUCUUCCAUGCAGCAGCUUCGAGGAAAGGACAGGGACCUAGCCCCUCACCUUGGUGGCACAUCCUCUCGAAUAGCGUCCCAGUCGCAGCAAGCUCCGAAUAAUCGCCAGCUGGACUCCCGAGAACCUUCCAAAAAGAAAGAUGGUGAGACCAGCGAAGAUUGGAGACGUGAAUCAACUCGUACAGGCCGUGAACGUUCUGAUAAUCCUCGGCGCGAUCGAGACGAGCGUGACCGACCUCGCUCGAGGGUCCGUGAUUCUUCCCGCCAACGACGAGAUGUUUCACCAUCGAGACGUGAUCGGGAUGACAGGGAUCGUGAUCGCAGAGGUGACCGUGAUGACCAUCAAAAAGAGGCAGCGGGAUACCGAAAAGACAAGGAUGACCGUGACUUGGAUCGAGAAUCUGAGGUGGACGAUCCUCGCCGCUGGAGGGACGACGGAAAGCGUGAUGAGCGUAUGGCAGCGAGACGGGACCGUGAACAGCGGGACCGCGAACGAGACAAGGACCGGGUACGCGACCGCCCUGCCGCGUGGGACGCUAGCGAUCGUCAGGAUCGUCGAUGGGCUCCCGCCGAUGACCGUGAUGGUCGAAGCAAGCGAGUGGCUGGUCGCGAGAGAAAACCCGACGAGGCGAAGGACAGGGACGAUCGCAAGGAUCGUGACAGAGAACGUGAGAAAGAAAGAGAGAAGGAGCCUGCAUGGAUGGACACAUACAUCCCUUCUUCUGGCAGCAACGGUUUAGGCCGUGCCCCCGGAGACCUAGAUGGCAUACAGGCGUUCAAGCGAGAGAUCAAGGAGAGAGAGCAGAAGGAGCAAGGUACUAGUGCGCAAGACGAUGAUCAUUCUGGUGACUUUGAAGGGAAGACGAAUACGUCCGAACCCCACCUGGACGAAAUUCAGCUCUUCAAGCUGAUGAUGAAAAGGGAAGAACAAAAGAAGAAAGCUGAUCAGUCUCCUCUUGCGGGUCCAUCGUUACUUGCAGACACAUCUUCAGAGACCAAGGACUCAACUCCUACGAACGACCUGUCAUCGACUGAAGCAACUGCGGUGCACCGCACUUAUCUUCCACCUCAGCCAAUUUCUUCGCAAUUGUCUGCUUCUCCACCUCCACCACAGACUGAGCCAGCUCCUCACGAUGGUUCUCGUGUACUCCUGUCUAUGUUAUCGUCCCCAACGUCCUCCGUUGCACCUGGAGUACCAACAGGUGCCCACGAAUCCGAUAUCGACAAAGAAAAACUAGGAGGUUCUCGCUUCUUCCCCAAGCCUGUCUCUGCUGAUUUACCGGCACCUCAAGCUUUGCCAAAGCCGUCUAUCGAAGCGCCCAGUCCCGCUGUCCCAUCAGCUCCUCACGCUGCUCCUCCGCCAGGUUGUCGUCUUCUUUCUUUUGCCUCCAAAACUCCUCAGGGGUCUGUAGGGCACACCCCUCCCUCGUACACAGGUUCGCAUUCCCCCGUGUCUUUGUCGAAGAAUGGCACGCCAGCAACUAACUCAACCAUCCCAUCAAAUGGACCUUUGUCAACUGCACAUCAUAACGACAAUUUGGACGCUGUGAGAGCAACUCGAGGCUUCUCGCCGUUUGAGGAAACUCGGGAAGGACUUGGAAUGUCGCCUUUGGAUGCGUUCCGUCGAGCUUCUGUUGCACCUGGAGAUCGCAAUGCCUUUGGACAUAUGAGCCUCGAACAAGUUGAUGUACCCAUUAGCGGGCCCUUGCCUAGCCACUCUGUUCCGUACGAGCAAUUGAACUCUGGAGUCGCAGCUGCGAAAGGCAGCCGGUUUGCGAAGUUCUUUGACGGGAAAGGGAGAGAUUCUCAACCAGGAAUGGGAAAGGCUCCAAUGGGUGGCCCAACACCAGCUCAGAGAGGCGAGCUCAGUGGAUACAAUGGAAUACUAACCGGCAAUCCGGAUGCCAGAGCUAUGGAAGAUAUAUUUGCCAUGUUGAGCAACUCAGCACAUGGUCAGAGGCCUCAUAUACUACCAGAAGUGUUGGCUUCAGAUACUGCACAUUUCAAUCAUCCCUCCAACCUUCACCAUCUUCAAAACCAACUCGGUCAUUCCCAGCACUAUCCUGGCCACACCCGCCUGGACUCAUUGUAUGAUAGCCGUCUUGACGACAGGAAUUUUGUCCCAGAUGGCAUGGUGCCCGGUUUACGCUCCGCUGCCCCUCCUAGGAACAGGCAAAACGGCGCCAUGCUCUCUGACAUCGAUGACUCUAUGCAGUUUGGUGGUCAACGUGGUCCUCCUCAAAUGUACCAAGGAUUGCACCAGGCGAACAUGAACCGCAAUGGAGGCAUACCUCUCCAAUCAUCCCAAUUCCGUGGUGGCCCUUCACCGAAUCCCUUGCAGCCUUCAGCUCAACGCUUGCCGCCUGGUUUGGCUAAUUUAGGUGGGCGACCGCCUCAUGAGCCUGCUCAAUUCUUGAAUUCGGCAAUGACUAUCCCUGGUGGCCUACACGGUCCGGUGCAUGGUAAUGCCGCCCUCCAACAGCAGUUUAACAACUUCCCUCCGGGAGGUGUUGGCUUCAACGGCGCUCCUCUGCGUGUGCCUCACCCCGGAGGAACCCAUCAGCUGCACGGACACAAUACCAUGCAAGGCUUGAUGCACCCUGGAGGUCUUAACCCUGCGCAAGCCCAGCUUCUGGGGUUAAAUGGUGCUAAUGGUAUGCCAGGUAGUCUUCGUGGUCCUAACGGAGGUUUUGGACAACAGGGUCCUCAGAUCCAGCCUCCUAUGCUCUCCAUGAGGCAGCAGCAGCAACAACAAAUCCCUCCACACAUGCUUCCUCUCCAUUAUCAACAGCAGGGCCCGCCUGGCCCAACCAACCAACCCGCCCACGAUCUCAUGGCGCUCUUGAUGAGCGGAGGAAGAAGGGAGUGAGAGUUUUCACGGGCUACUUACGGUCUCUUAUCCUCGUCCAACAUUUUCGUUCACUCUCGGACUCACCUGAUAAUUUUCUCUCGUUAGUUUAACAGUUGUGCUCAUACUGUCCGUCUAUCAUGUUUCAUUCUGAUUCUUCGCAAGCGUAUAUUAUUGACCAUUUUGGGCUUGGCUGCACUUCUCCGACGGAUGGCUGUUCAAUCCGCGUCUGGGACCUGGUGAAUCAUUGAAGAGUUGGCCACGUCAACCGCUCAACGGACAGUGUAUUAAUAGCGGUUCAUAAUAUUGAGCUCUACUACCUGACUUGUGGUCUGAUCCUCUUGAACGUGAGUAUUUCAAACGCCACCAUCAUUACGAUGGGCGAUGGACCUGUG